UCCAUAGAUGAUUAGGUUGGCCGGGCACAUUCAAAAUGGCGGAGUGUGGAGCGAGCGGCAGCGGGAGCAGCGGGGACAGCCUGGACAAGAGCAUCACGCUGCCCCCCGACGAGAUCUUCCGCAACCUGGAGAACGCCAAGCGCUUCGCCAUUGACAUUGGGGGCUCGCUGACCAAGCUGGCCUACUACUCCACCGUGCAGCACAAAGUGGCCAGAGUGCGGUCCUUCGACUACUCGGGCAAGGACGCAGAGCAGGACCACGAGCCGCCCUAUGAGGUCUCUGUGCAGGAGGAGGUCACUGCCCGGCUGCACUUCGUCAAGUUCGAGAACACCUACAUCGAAGCCUGCCUGGACUUCAUCAAAGAUCACCUCGUCAGCACGGAGACCAAGGUCAUCCAGGCCACCGGGGGCGGGGCCUACAGGUUCAAGGACCUCAUCGAAGAAAAGCUGCAGCUGAGAGUGGACAAGGAGGACGUGAUGACAUGCUUGAUAAAAGGCUGCAACUUUGUGCUGAAGAACAUCCCCCACGAGGCCUUUGUGUAUCAGAAAGAUUCCGACCCCGAGUUCCGAUUCCAGACCAAUCACCCCAACAUCUUCCCGUAUCUGCUGGUCAAUAUCGGCUCUGGAGUCUCUAUUGUGAAGGUGGAGACCGAGGACAGAUUCGAGUGGGUCGGCGGUAGCUCCAUCGGGGGCGGCACCUUCUGGGGACUUGGGGCUCUGCUCACCAAAACAAAGAAGUUCGACGAGCUGCUGCACUUGGCCUCCAAGGGCCAGCACAGGAACGUGGACAUGCUGGUGCAGGACAUCUACGGCGGGGCCCACCAGACCCUGGGGCUGGGCGGCAGCCUCAUCGCCAGUAGCUUCGGGAAGUCCGCCAUGGCCGACAGAGAGUUCUCCAAGGAGGACAUGGCCAAGAGUCUGCUGCACAUGAUCAGCAACGACAUCGGGCAGCUCGCCUGCCUCUACGCCAGGCUGCACGGCCUGGACAGGGUGUACUUCGGCGGGUUCUUCAUCCGCGGCCACCCCGUCACCAUGCGCACCAUCACCUACAGCAUCAACUUCUUCUCCAAGGGGGAGGUCCAGGCGCUGUUUCUGAGACACGAGGGCUACCUGGGAGCCAUCGGAGCGUUUCUUAAAGGAGCAGAACAAGACAACCCUAACCAGUACAGCUGGGGAGAGAACUAUGCAGGCAGCUCCGGGCUGAUGAGCUCGUCCCCAGAGCUCUGCCCGACGCAGCGGGCCAGGAGCGGCACCUUUGACUUGCUGGAGAUGGACCGGCUGGAGCGGCCGCUGGUCAACCUGCCCCUCCUUCUGGACCCUUCUUCCUACGUGCCUGACACGGUCGACCUGACGGACGACGCACCAGCCCGCAAGUACUGGCUCACCUGCUUCGAGGAGGCCCUGGACGGGGUGGUGAAACGUGCCGUGGCCAGCCAGCCAGGCUCAGCAGAUGCGGCCGAGAGGGCCGAGAAGUUCCGGCAAAAGUACUGGGGCAAACUGCAGACGCUGCGGCAUCAGCCGUUCGCCUACGGGACCCUGACCGUGCGCAGCCUUUUGGACACGAGGGAGCACUGUUUGAACGAGUUCAACUUCCCAGACCCCUACUCCAAAGUCAAGCAGAAGGAAAACGGAGUGGCGCUAAAGUGUUUCCCGAGGGUGAUCCGCUGUCUGGAUGCCUUGGGCUGGGAGGAGAGGCAGCUGGCCCUGGUGAAGGGGUUGCUGGCGGGGAACGUCUUCGACUGGGGAGCGAAAGCCGUCUCCGACGUUCUCGAGUCUGACCCCCAGUUUGGCUUCGAGGAAGCGAAGAUGAAGCUGCAAGAGCGGCCGUGGCUCGUGGACUCCUACAGCAAGUGGCUUCAGAGGCUGAAGGGGCCCCCUCACAAAUGUGCCUUAAUUUUCGCAGAUAACAGUGGAAUAGACGUCAUUUUGGGAGUCUUCCCCUUUGUCAGGGAGCUUCUCUCUAGAGGGACGGAGGUCAUCCUGGCGUGCAACUCGGGACCUGCCUUGAAUGACGUCACCUACUGCGAGUCCCUCAUCGUGGCCGAGCGCAUUGCGGCCAUGGACCCCGUCGUCCACUCGGCGCUCAGGGAGGAGAGACUGCUGCUGACGCAGACGGGCUCCAGCUCCCCGUGUCUGGACCUCAGCCGCCUGGACAAGGGACUGGCCGUGCUGGUGCGGGAGCGAGGCGCGGACCUGGUGGUGAUCGAGGGCAUGGGCCGGGCCGUCCACACCAACUACCACGCGGCCCUGCGCUGCGAGAGCCUCAAGCUGGCCGUCAUCAAGAACUCCUGGCUGGCCGAGCGGCUGGGCGGCCGGCUCUUCAGUGUCAUCUUCAAGUACGAGGUUCCGGCCGAGUGAGGCGCCGGCCCCGCCGGGCAGCUCUGUUCGGCGCUUGUCAGGGACGUGCUCCGACCGCGGCAGGGAAACCGAGUUCCAAGCAGAGCGUUCGUGUCGCGCACCUGGGACAGGAGCAGGGGCCAGGCGUGGCCGGGCGCGAGCGUGCGCCGUCGGGUCUCUGUGAUGCUGCCACGUUUGUGCUGGGAGACGCAGCUUGUCCAGUGAGACAUGCGUAUUGGAAUAUAUUUAACUGUGAAAUAAUCUUUUAUACACACACGU